AUGGACGGACUACAACCUCAAAAUAACAACAACGAAAACCACCGACAAAACGAAAACCACCGGCCACAUCAAGCCCUCACUGAAAAUGAAAAACUAAUGAUUGUUUGUCGUCAAUUACAGGCCCUUGAUUGGACACCCAAGCAAUUCACUACCGCGUUUCUCCGCUCAGAAGAUACUGAGUUUGCUUAUCGAAGACGCUUUUGGGGCACUAGCACCGGAUGGAAUUCGACUCGUAACCUGAUUGAAGUCAUCAAGUCCGAGGUGACCAGUUCUGACUACGGAGCAUCUCAAUGGGAGACCUUUAUACAGGAAGAAGCAAUUCGCAUAAUGAUUAAUCAACGUCCCCCAAGUGGUGAAUACCCAGUCGGAUCUUACAUAAGUAGCCAAAGCGUCCAACCCUCGUAUUUUUCACCGGAUGCGGUUAAUCAGCGCGAAAGAUUAAUAUCAAUGGAGCACACUCCAUUCCUCUUCAACAUUCUUCAUCAAACGAUCGGAGCAACAGUCCCAAACAAUGCGGCGGAGGUAAAUGAGGACGAUCGAGAUGACAUGGCCGAACCCGACAUUGAUACUGAUGAAGCGGAAUUUCUUGGACGGGAAGGAGUGGCUUUUGAAAGCAAUAGCAUCCUCAGGACCGAAAGGGGCAGGAAAGUCAUUUACCAGUCGCACAAGAACGAUAUCACAAAUCGCUCUUUGGACAUGUUCCUCCGAAUGGCACGCACCUACGACCUUGCCGAUCAACAUCACAAGACCAACGCUGUUCAGAUCCCGGAGUGCAAUAAUCUACUGCUUGAUGGCCUCAAAGUGUUGCAAAAAGACUUUGCCAAGAACAAACUUUGUCGCCUAAAGCUUCAUUUCUUGUGGGAUUCUUCACCCAACGAGGUAAAUGAAAAUAUGGCUCAAGAUAAUGCGACUUAUAUUGAAGAAAAUGAAAACGAGGAACCACAAGAGGACAAUUCGGAUGCCUUCGAAAUGUAG